CUUACUUUGGGGUGUUUUUGGCAUCACAGAUGGAAAUGUUUCCUUGAGGAUUCUCAAUAUCGGGCCUUCAGAUGAAGGGCGAUACAAAUGCUUUGUUGAUGAUGAUAUUACUUAUGAAGAAGCUGUAAUAGAACUGAAGGUAGCAGCUUUAGGCUCUAAUCCUAUCAUCUCUGUGGAGGAUUACCAGAGGGGAGGGAGCCGUGUGAGGUGUCGAUCAUCUGAGUGGUACCCAGAGCCCCAGGUGCUGUGGAGAAAUGCCCAGGGGCAUCAUAUAGCAUCGCUUUCUGAAAUCAGAUCCCCAAAGGUGAAUGGCCUGUUUGAAACAGAAAUUUCUGUUGUCAUAAACGAACAUUCAAACCUGAACUUGUCCUGUUGGAUCAGGAACAGCCUCCUCGACCGAGAGAAGGAAUCAGCAAUUCAUAUAUCAGGUCAGUUUCUAUCCAAACCCUCCAGUGAACCGUCUCCGCUGGAAACCAAGUGA